CUGAGGUUGACAACGGCUUCGUCGGUAUAGGACACAUAAUCUGCCCAGCGCACAAUCAACUUCGGCAGAAUGAGCCGAACAUGUGAUGCAACUCUAAACCCAAUAUUACCCUAUUGGCUACCAGGACGUUUCAUCGGAGAAUUAAACGAAGAGCGGGGGAGUGCACAUACAUGCGGACAGAGUUGCUCGCCACGUCCACUGGCAAUUUGCCAUCUAUGGCUGUGGCUGGGUGCUUUGGUUGAUUCGUUGGCGCUCUGCUGUGGAAGUGAAGGGGAAAAGACCCCAUUCCCCCGGGCUUUGCUCGGUCAGCCUGUUUGCGUUUUAGCCCGCCAAGUCUUCCUCAAUGAGGGAUUGAUGGUGCACGGGGCUUGGAAUCAGUUAUGCUUUGGGGAACUGGGGGAGAUGACUCGGCGUUUAUUAGAACGUCACAGCAAACUCGGGAGACAACCCCAAGAAGCAGGUCGGUAGCCAGGUCGGGCUGAACGGGAUACGGAUGUGCAGGACAUGUCGGUAUUCGGUU